CGGGUGAGGGAGGGAUGAGAGCUAGGCUAUUCCCGUGGGAUGAUCACGUGUCCGUGGGGAGUAGUUGUGUGUGGAGCCAGUGGAAUAGGAGGUGUAGCGUCAAGCGCGUCGUUCAGACUUGAUUGUUACAGUAAGGAAGCUGUCAACACAGAGCCGACUGUAUUUGCGCGUGUUUAUUGCUUUGCUUGAAGCGAAUGAAAAUGCACGUGGGGAUUGAGGAUCUGGCAAUAGAUUUCCAUAAACUUCUACGCGCAUCACAAUCGCAACAAACACUCUCAGCGUAAUAUCAACGCUACUGUUUACUAUUGCAACAAGAUACGCGAAAUACAACGGACUGUCACUGCAAACCAAGGUGACUGACCAGCUUCUGUGGGAUUUGAUGUCACCUUUAGAUCGGUUCAACUGAAGAUGGAAACACUGGAGUCCGAGCUGACGUGUCCAAUCUGCCUGGAAUUGUUUGAGGACCCCCUUCUGCUGCCCUGCGCCCACAGCCUGUGCUUCAACUGUGCCCACCGCAUCCUGGUCUCGCACUGCUCCAGCACCAAGCCUCUCGAGUCCAUCUCCGCCUUCCAGUGCCCCACCUGCCGCUACGUCAUCACGCUCAAUCAGCGCGGCCUGGAGGGCCUGAAGCGCAAUGUGACGCUGCAGAACAUCAUCGACCGCUUCCAGAAGGCCUCCGUCAGCGGGCCCAACUCCCCCAACGAGAGUCGCCGGCCGCGACCCUACAGCGCCACGCUCGGCGGGAGCGCGAGGGGCAGCCCCGCCAGUAGCGCCAUGUCCCUAGAGCGUGUCGGCUGCCAGUUCUGCGAUCAGGAGCCCCCGCGGGAGGCCGUCAAAACAUGCGUGACGUGCGAGGUGUCGUACUGCGACCGCUGCCUGCGGGCCACGCACCCCAAUAAGAAACCCUUCACCAGCCAUCGUCUGGUGGAGCCGGUGGCGGACGCUCAGCUGCGUGGGCUGGCCUGCCUGGAACAUGAGAACGAGAAGGUGAACAUGUACUGCGUGGUGGACGACCAGCUGAUAUGCGCUCUCUGCAAGCUGGUGGGACGGCACCGCGAGCAUCAGGUCACCUCGCUUAGCGAUCGCUUCGACAAGCUCAAGGCUUUUCAAGUGAGCCCUGCCAGAGUUUCUGAAGCGGUUAUGGAGGCAUCAAAGACAAGCGCCGCGCAAACCUUGGAGAAUAACUUAACCAAUCUGGUGAAGAGGAACAGUGAGCUGGAGAACCAGAUGGCCAAACUCAUCCAGAUUUGUCAACAGGUUGAGGUGAACACAGCCAUGCAUGAAGCCAAGCUGGUGGAGGAGUGUGAUGAAUUGGUGGAGAUAAUUCGCCAGAGGAAACAGGUCAUUGCUGUCAAGAUCAAAGAGUCCAAGGUGAUGAAGUUGAGGAAGCUGGCCCAGCAGAUUGCGAACUGCAGACAGUGUCUGGAGCGCUCGAGUGCCCUCAUCACACAGGCUGAGCACAGCCUGAAGGAGAACGACCACGCCCGCUUCCUCCAGACGGCCAGGAAUGUGGCUGAGAGAGUUGCCAUGGCCACCGCCUCCUCCCAGGUCCUCAUCCCAGACGUCAAUCUGAACGAGGCUUUUGACAAUUUUGCCCUUGAUUUCUCCAGAGAAAAGAAAAUUCUGGAAGGACUGGAUUAUUUGACAGCACCCAACCCUCCGUCUAUACGUGAAGAGCUCUGCACAGCCUCGCAUGACACCAUCACAGUGCACUGGACCUCUGAAGAUGAAUUCAGCGUCACCUCCUAUGAGCUUCAGUACACCAUCUACACUGGACAGACCAACUUCAUCAGUCUGUAUAACUCUGUAGAUAGCUGGAUGAUCGUGCCCAAUAUCAAGCAGAAUCACUACACAGUCCACGGCCUGCAGAGCGGCACCCGUUACAUCUUUUUCGUCAAGGCUAUCAACCAGGCAGGCAGCAGAAACAGCGAACCUGCUCGACUCAAAACCAAUAGUCAGCCUUUUAAACUCGACCCCAAAACAGCCCAUAAGAAGCUGCGUCUUUCCAAUGACUGUCUGACCAUGGAGAAGGAUGAAAGCUCCCUGAAGAAAAGUCACACUCCGGAACGCUUCAGCGGAACCGGAUCUUACGGUGCCGCCGGCAAUGUCUUCAUCGACAGCGGCUGCCAUUAUUGGGAGGUUUUACUGGGAGCCUCCACAUGGUACGCUCUUGGUGUGGCUUACAAGUCAGCACCCAAAAACGAAUGGAGCGGCAAAAACUCGUCAUCUUGGGUUUUCUCACGCUGCAACAACAACUUCCUGGUGCGGCACAACAACAAGGAGUCGAUCGUGGAGGCGUCGCUACAGCUGCGCAGGGUCGGGGUGCUGCUGGACUACGACAACAACACCCUGUCCUUCUACGACGCCAUGAACUCCCAGCACAUAUACACUUUUGACGUUUCCUUCCUGCUUCCAGUGGCUCCCACCUUCAUGAUCUGGAACAAGUCGUUGAUGAUCAUGUCAGGGCUGCCCGUGCCUGACUUCGUGGACUGCAGCGAGCAGCAAGAGGGCAUCUGCCGCCAACAGGAUUCGCCCUAUGUGUCUGGAAUGAAGAGCUGCCACUGAAUAUCCUACGAGCUGAUUAUUCCAGAAGGUUUCUUAGCCUUUCGUCUUCUCCUGGUUUUCAGAACUGGGCUAAAGUUGGAUCUUUAGUUGUUCCUGGUCACAUUAAUGAGCAUUUUAGCGAGUGGAUUAUGAGCUCUCAGAUUUAAAGCGGGAAAUUGUAAAUUAUUUAUGACUAAACGUUGGUUUGCUUUUUUGUCAGUUUUAAUGUAUCCCUAAAAGCACUUUUUAGAGUUGAAUUUGUUGCCCCUGUGUGUAAAAAGCCUUGCUAACUUGAGACAGGGUUGGACUUCCUUUUGGACCGAAUAUAGUGGAUUAUGUUAGGAUGACAAUUUGGUGUUUCUAAUAAGGGUUACAUUUAUUAUCUGAUGGGUCUAUAACACACUUUUCAUAUUCAGGGAGAAAAGAUGAUUCUUUGGUUUAAAAUAUGUCUGAAGAUGGCAUGAUAUGUAUUUCCUCUGUGAUUUUGACUCACUAUCUCAGUUUCUGGUUCUGUUUUUUGUGAACAGCAUGAGGCACAAGUUCCCCAGGUGUUUUUAACAUGUAUCUUUAAUAAUUGAUAUAUGAUGUAUCACAAAAAUCCCAUCUGUGCAGGUGUUCGUCCAUUGACACACAUUUAAAAAAAUGAAUCUCGCAAUCGUAAUGCAUAUAUAUCACAUCCAUUCAAAAAUAUUUGAAAGAUUGGCAAAAACGCUUAUUUCAUCCGUUUAACAUUCAAAUGUGCAUCCAAAGCAAAUACAGUCUAGUAGAUUUAUUUUCUUAAUGGCUGUUAUGAAUCUUAAACGAUCUUCCGCAGUGUGAUGUUCAGGGCUGUAAUAAGGACACCCAGUCUUGGGUUCGGAUAAAGACAAUCACUUGUGCUAGUGCAGGCAAAAAAAAAAGGUGUGUAGCAAGAGAUCUUUGCAAUAGCAUGCUAAACUUGAGAUGCUUCCCCAAAAAGUGGUUUGUAUCCAUUUGGCUCAAUGUAAAUAACCAGAUUGGGAAGUAUUCGUACUACUGACGCCACUGUUUACUGACGCUGCAGGUUUUGCUUUGUGUCGGUGGGGUUUUCUCUUUGCUCUGCUGAAUGUACAUGUUUGCUUUGGUUCUUUUUAUAUCUUUCUGAUUGAAAGCACAGAGCAUUUUACCAUUGCAUCCACUUUGCAAGCACAGGAAAUAAGCAAAUCCUCCUGUUACAUCUGCGCUUAACAUCCCUACAAAAAUAUAGAGAGGAUUCGCUAAGUUGCAUGCACUGAUAGCAUUGUGUUGGAACCGAUGCAAAAUGACAUUCAUCCAACACACUCAUGACAAUUCGUAGCUAUUUUACGUUUUCUCAUAAGAUCAGAUUGCAUUUACCUCACUUCUGAUGGUUUUUCCAGCAUCCUUCAUCUCAGCAUCGGUCUGUAUACUUGAAGCUAGUGUCAAGUCACAUACUAGAGCCCCUCAAUUACGGAUGUCAGACUCUUUUCCCACCAUGAACGUGAAGUUUAAUCUGUGACUGAAUGAUAUAUUAAUGGUGUAGUAGAGCAAUAAUGAACUUAGCAUUUACAGUAUAAUGAUUUCCGACCAAUUACAUGAAGUUCUUGAGUCUCAAACUUGAUCUUUUUUUUGUCUCUGGCAAUAAAGGUUUAUCUGAAUGCCAUAAUGAGACAGUUUUAAACUGAUGGAGCUUUUUUAGUGAGUUCCACACUGCUGAAAGUGCAGCUAGUAUGGGUAAUGUGUGACACAGCAACGUCAAAUCAUUGUCAGUGGGUUUCCUACAUAACCCUGAGAUGUCCACUACUGCACUGUCCCUCCGUCUCAUUUCAUUCAGUCACACUGUUGUCAGUUCUGUUGUCGCUGUCAAUGCAGCAGUCGCUGUCAUGUGUCUUGGUCUCACAUUCUGACAGUCUUGAGUGCAACCCUGCAUGCUAAACAGAGCAAGAGGACAUGUAUCGCAGAAAGUCUUCGACAUUUCCAUUGAUCAUUACUGAUAUCCAUAAGCAAAUCUUGAGGAAUUGUUUGAGAUUUGCUCUUUUCAGGUCACUAUGUGAAAGCUCAUUUUAAAGCUAAAAGGUAAACGUGAGGAGCUCGAAAGCAGAACUCACGAGUCUAUUUGUUCAAGUGCGAUUCACUGGGUCACUGCAUGACGAUCCGGCUCGAAGCAUUUCCUGUGAUAUUCUCUGCUGUUUUAUAUAAACAUUUUUUUAUGAGAAAUGUCCAGGAAAGAAACUGUUAUGGCAUAUCAGGUUUCCAGUUAGGCGUGCUUUUCUUCGCAUUUAAGACUGAUGAACUAAUUACAUUUCUGUUUUCAAGCAAUUGUUUUUACAUUUCUGAACAACAAAAAAAUAUAUAAAAGAACCGAAUCCUCUUCUUUGAUAUUUCCGUCUUUAUUAUGUGCUCAAGCAGCUGUGUGUUCAUCAACAUAAUGCUCCUGUUUCAAUAGAUAUAACUUAGCAAAAAAAAGAAUGUAAAUCAUAGGAGGAAAUAUAUAUUAUAUAAAAAUUGUAUAAUAUACAAAAAAGUAUAUAUAUGAGCUAUUGUUAUUUAUGUGAGUCCAAAUAAAAGUCUGAU